AUGAUCCAAGUCGAUAACUUCAAGCGUCCAUCGCCGUCACCGUCUAGGAGUUCUGUGCGGAGCGACAGCAGAGUUUUUCGACAGCCGCGAGUAAUCACAGUGAACCGCGAUGCCGCCACCAUGGUAGAUGGGGAAGCCAGCGGACAGGCUACAGCCGCCGGUGCCGCUCCUACGGACUGGGAAACACGCCUUACUCAAAACGCAGCUCACUUCCGAUCUCGAACGUUUAGCGACGGCUUCAUCAGAAACACCAGUCUCGAGCUCCUGCUUGGUGUCGAUUGUGAGGCAUGCCUUGCCCUUGCCGCACAAAGACAAUGUCUAGAUGAACACAUAUCGAAACAUGAUUUUGAUCUAGUUUGCAACUGUAAUGUCCAACAAAACAACUUUGUCAAUUGCCAUCGGAACGUCGACCAGCGGGGCCACACGCUCAACAUCUACGACUUGGAAAGAAUUAAACGGGACACUGGCCGGAGCCAGCUCACUAUCGGGUCCCAUCGGAGCCUUGAUAGGAAAUACAACAAAAGUAGGACUAUCGGUGUGUCGAACUACAUUUCAAAACAGUUAAUAUCUUACGAUCCUAGAAAUACACUCGUGCAAAAGAUAAAAAGGAAGCUAUCGAACUUAAAAAAGAUGGGCGGCGAGGCAAUAUCAAAAAAACAUCAAAACGCUGUCCAACUGGCCGAGAUAACAUCAGGGUCGACGAGCUCUCUCAAGAAGGCAUCGAUGUUGUCACUGGCAGACAAGUCGCAAAGGAGAGUGAACAGCCAAAGUUGUAUUUUUACUUCGUCGGGCUAUCAAGCAAAGGAUGAUAUGAAGAGCAAUGUUUCUACGUACGCUAAUUUUUCUGGGAAUGUGGACCAAUGUUUUGAUAAACUCAGAGAUUAUAAUUUAAGUUCAGAUGUUAAUAGACGCACCUCACAAAAAAUGAUAAAAAUGAGGAGUUUUGAUAAUAACGAUAUACUUAUCACAAGAAACUCACCAGGAUUAGAAAGAACAAAAUUUUCUACUUUAGACAAUCGCAGUCGGUGCAAAAGUAUCAAACGUCAAAUGUCAUACAAUGAUUUUCCAAGUGAACGAUUUAGAGAUAGAUUAUCGGAGACUUGGACGCGAGACGAGAGCACAAUGGAGUCGAGGAGCACUCGCAGUGAUUUAGUGGAUGACGACGCACAAACAUUCCCCGAGGGCGACGUGAUGGCCAUGAGCGGGCCGCGCGGCGCACACGCACUCUGCACUUGCGAGGCGCCGCAGGACACCAGACUGCCGUCUAUUUUUUACGAUACCCACGGGAAAAAACGGGCGACGCCGGCGCCUGACGUAACGGAGCGCGGACAGGGAGGGCGCGUGUCCUGCACCGCAUGCAAGUCCCCCCAGUGGCUGUCCACCGGCACCACAUCCACCACCAGCCACAGCUCCACAACCACUGGAAACUCUUCGCGGUUGUCCUUAUGGCAUCGACGUUGGUGCUGUGUGGCAAUUCUGGUGCUGGUGGCUGGGACCGCAUGCGUCGCCGGCCCGCUGGCACUGCGGGCCCCGCCUGGAGCACCCCUGCACGAGCGCCUGCGUCUCGCCGAGCGCUUGUUACACGACACUCCACUCAUAGACGGCCACAACGAUCUACCUUGGAACAUAAGGAAGUUUCUACACAAUAGAAUUAAGGAUUUUAAUUUCGACGAGGAUUUGCGGACGAUAUCCCCAUGGGCAACAAGUUCGUGGAGCCACACCGACCUGCCUCGUCUGAAACAAGGCCGAGUGGCCGCACAGUUCUGGGCCGCGUACGUGCCGUGCGACGCGCAGCACCGGGACGCGGUGCAGCUCACUUUCGAACAGAUCGACUUGAUACAACGCCUCACCGACAAGUACCACCCACAGCUGACGCUCUGCACAUCCGCCGAAGAUAUAGUCACGGCGCAUGCCAACCACAGAUUGUGCUCUUUGGUGGGAGUGGAGGGAGGGCAUGCAAUCGGAGGCUCCCUUGGUGUCCUGAGAACGCUGUAUCAGGUUGGAGUCCGAUAUCUGACGCUCACAUCUACAUGUGAUACGCCUUGGGCUGAAUGCGCGUCUGGAGAUAAACCUGAACCAUCGCCGCGAGGUGGACUAACGCCAUUCGGAAAGAUAGUGGUGAAGGAAAUGAAUCGCCUGGGCAUGUUGGUGGAUCUGUCGCACGUGUCGGAGCGCACGAUGCGCGACGCGCUCGCGGUGUCGCGUGCACCUGUGCUGUUCUCACACUCGUCGGCGCGCGCGCUCUGCAACGUGACGCGCAACGUUCCGGACGCCGUGCUGCGCCUACUCGCCGCUAACAAGGGGCUCAUUAUGGUCAAUUUUUAUACGUCAUUCCUCACUUGUAAGGAUACUGCAUCAGUUCAAGACGCCAUCGCACACAUUAAUCAUAUAAGGGAUGUAGCCGGUGUGGACAGUGUAGGCCUUGGCGCUGGUUACGACGGCAUUAAUUAUACUCCUCAAGGAUUAGAGGAUGUCUCCUCGUAUCCACUGCUGUUCGCUGAGUUAAUGGAAGAAGGUUGGAGUAUAGAGGAACUUAAGAAGUUAGCAGGUCUGAACCUACUCCGCGUGAUGGGAGCUGCGGAGAAGGUAGCCCGUGAGCUCGCGGCUGCCCGCGUCGCGCCCUAUGAAGACGUCGCGCCUAAACCGUUUGACGCGCAUAACUGUUCAAGCCAAGAUCUUUAACUCUACCCCAAUCAUACACAUAUUCACUUCAAAAAUUAACUUAACCUCAAAAUGUCGUGCACGAACAUUUUUUGUUACUUAGAAUUUAGAAUAAUAUCCAGGUUAAGAUAAUUCUUGAAAAGACUGUUUGUUACGUUAUAAUAAUGUAUUUAUUGAUUGUUGAAAUUUGUUAACCCCUGACAUCGAACUCGGCGCUGUCUACUUAUAUUUACAAGACCAACUGCUUUGUGGCAUUAAUGAUUUUUUAAUCGAAAUUAUCACGAUCAAAUGAUCAACAUUAAUACACGAUACAUGAAUAGAGGUAACAUGAAUAGGGUUUAACAACACACAGCCAAGGAUCAAGUAGGUAAUAGUAAUAAAUAAUAGUCAUCUAUCUCGCUCCAAUCUCGGCCGGGACACAAUAGCCACGCAUAACUCACACAUAAGUAUACAUAUCUUAUCAAUUUGUAAACAUAAGUAUUGUUUGCACUACGACACCGCUACUAUCUUUGACCGUUCCUUCAUUAACUUUUUGCGUAUAAUAUUAUAUUCCAGACAAUGUAUUAUGUAUCUACCUAUCUACUUCGUAAUACCUAAACCUACACAGUCUUGACUAGACUAUCCGAUUUUGCUUCUUUUUACUUCUUAAUUGAGAAACGUGAGUAACUCUAGUAAAUCUACUUACCUAUCUAUACUUUAG